AUGCUGGUGCUGGGCGUGGCAGCGGAGGACGUGUGGGACGAUGAGCAGACAGAGUUUGUGUGCAACACGGAACAACCCGGCUGCAAAAACGUCUGCUACGACGACGCCUUCCCCAUAUCUCUCAUCCGCUACUGGGUCCUGCAGAUCAUCUUUGUGUCGUCUCCCUCUCUGGUCUACAUGGGGCACGCUCUUUACCGACUCCGGACUCUGGAGAAGGAGAGGCACAGGAAGAAGGCCAUCCUGAAGGCUCAGCUGGAGGGCACUGACGCCUUACAAGAGGAGCACAAAAGGAUCGAACGAGAGCUGCGUAAACUGGACGAGCAGAGGCGAGUGAGAAAAGCUCCUCUGAGGGGCUCUCUGCUCAGAACAUAUGUGCUUCAUAUCCUGACCCGCUCUGUGGUGGAGGUGGGCUUCAUCAUCGGCCAGUGUGUGCUCUACGGUGUGGGACUGUCCCCUUUGUUUAAGUGUGAGCGAGCGCCUUGUCCCAACAGCGUGGACUGCUUCGUGUCGCGGCCCACAGAGAAGAACAUCUUCAUGGUGUUCAUGUUGGUCAUCGCCGGAGUGUCCUUGUUCCUCAACCUGCUGGAGAUCUUCCACCUCGGGGUGAAGCAGAUCAUGCAGAGUCUGUACGGAUACCGCUACGAAGAGGAGAGCGUCUGCCCCUCCAAGAAGAACUCCAUGGCUCAGUCCAUCUGUGUCCUGUCCUCUUCACCUCAGAAGCUGGAUCUGUCUCACCUGAGCUGCUCUCUUCUGUCUGAGCCUCAAGGGCCCCCACACAGCCAGGGCAGGGGGAACCAGCCGGGGCAGAAGCAGGGGGAUGUGGAGGUGGGGGGGCAGAGGUUCCCUGGUCAGUGCCAAAGCGUGGGGCCUCGAAAGGCGUCCUGCAGCAGUGAGGAGUCCGGGGCCCAUCCCCCCGUCCUGCAGUAUGGGGCUCAGCCACGGCCCACACUGAUGGGGGGCCACAUGGAGAUCCCUGCGGCCCUCAGGAACAUCCAGAGGAGAACGUCGAAGGUGAGUGACAUCAGCAGCUCUCCGGACAGCGGACCCCACCCCACAGCCCGUAAGUGCAGCUUCAUGUCCAGAGGGAUGUCUGAAGGAAAGCUGGCCUCUGCGUCCAACAGUGAGGACUCCCAGAGUGGCCCCGAGCUGGACCAGAGCCUGACCCAGAGAGAGAGUCCGGCGGACACCCCUCCUGCAGCGGGCCGCAGGAUGUCCAUGAGCAUGAUCCUGGAGCUGUCGUCCAUCAUGAAAAAGUGA